AUGGCUAAGGUCAUUCCGUCUGCAGCGGCCUGGGCUAAGGUCAGCCUGUCUGCAGCAGCCUGGGCUAAGGUCAGCCCGUCUGCUGCGGCCAUGGCUAAGGUCAUUCCGUCUGCAGCGGCCUGGGCUAAGAGUCCAGACUUUACUGGGUUCUUCUCAGGAACAGACUUGUCUGUCUCCAUUGUAGAUGGUCGGGCUUUGGCUGUUGGAGGAAUGGGCGCUGAUCUCCUUCCACGCAACGUCCUGCAACAGUAUGACCUUAGGAAGGAUGUCUGGGCACUCCUGCCCCCCAUGCCAACCCCUCGCUAUGAUGCCAACUGCCAUCUGCUUGGAAACAAGCUUUAUGUUGCAGGUGGUCGACAGUGUAAGCGGCCGGUGAAAGCUUUUGAGGUGUAUGACACAGAAACGCGUUCCUGGGCUUCGCUGCCCGCUCUGCCGUGUAAGCGGACGUAUGGGGGUGUGAUCUGGGACUCUGCUGGGAGGCUGUGUCUCCUUGGAGGACUACGACAAGGUGGAGGACACCAAAGCUCCAAGUUCACAAAGAACGUCAAUAUUUUUGAUACAAAUCAAGGUACUGAAAAAAACUGCUAUUUUAUUUGAUUUUUAGAUCCUUUA